AUGACCGACAAGGCGAAUGAAACCACUAAGGCUCGAAAGGAUUCUGAUGCAACUGAAUCUAACAAGUCAAUGUCGCCUUCUAUCAUGUCACCCAUCGGCUCCCUGCAAUCAAACAAAAGAGAGAGGACGGGGCAUCGUGCUAUGCCACGUACCUCGUCUAUUGAUUCUGCAAUAUCAUCUCUUUCAUCCGCUUCGCAGUCUCACAAGUCGUCCUUCGAUGCCAAUGCGGUCAGUCAAGCAGAUAUUGACAAUCUAAUAAAUGCGGCCGGGUCUCCAGACGCUGUUAUCAUACAUCUUUUAAAGGAGAAACACCAUGCGGCUUCUCAAAACACGCAAUUAUGGAAACUCGUUGAUAAGCAGCGCACUCUGAUUAUGGGUCUGAACAAGGACCUGGAACGUGCUUUAAAAGACAAAGAGCGAUACAAGAAGAGAGCUAAAGAACUCCAGACCGCAGUACCACCACUCCCGCCUACGGAAAUUGAUCCUUCGCAACCUGUCACUGCAGGGUCAACUAGUGCUUCAAACGGCCAGGCCCUAGCGCAGGACACCCACAGCAGCAAGAUUGCCAACACGUUCGACCGCCGGGACUCCCUCAAAAACAGUCCUAGUUUGAAACAGCUUAUUAAGACCGAGUUGCUUACGGAGGAACCUGAUUUACGCUUUGACUCGCAGAAUUUUCAACAGCAGGCCUCGUUCCAAGAGACAUCAGCAGCCACAAGCCCGGCGUCUUUGGCCAGCUCGCGCCCCGCGUUUGGGACUAGCAAAAGCCAAAAAUCUCCAGAUCCUGCCCGAAAGCCUCCUCCUGCACCGUUAAACUUGGGCCACCCGGACCGCGCCACAGCGUUACGCGAAGCGUCUGACUCCGAGUCUGAAUAUGAAGACAUUCUUACGGUCGAAGAGUCGCCAAUAGAACGCGGGAGGCGAAAGACAAGGGCCGAUGAUGACAGAGAACGAGAAGCAGUUUUGUCUCAGGAGAGGCCGGAUGUCGACCCCUUGGGGCAACCCCAACUUCUUUCUUCAAAGCAUAGUGAAAACCCAACAACCACAACUGCAGGCCAACCGUCCUUAGAUAUACGCCGAAUAGUACCCCCGGAUGUCAUUACCCCUCGUAUGGGUCAGUCUUCAGUCACUGAUCGUCACCUCAUGAAUGGCCCAAAGAGUCCCGGUUUACCUCUUAGCCCGCGCCCUGAGGACCGGCCUCUUGGUUCUCCAACGCCGCGUAUGCCAAGGGAAAUGCCGACUUCAUUCUCUUCCUUGGCUAUGUCCUCAGGGAACAAUCCAACGGGACUUGCGUUAAACCCCCGCCUUGGAAAGGGUCAGAUCGCCGUGGUAACUAACACACCUACACACUCCCAAUUCCAUUUCGAUCCGUUCAACCGCCCUAUACCAUCAAUCGACGCAGCUGUGAAAAUCGAUAGCCCUCAAUCUCCGAGAUCGAUGCUCAGCGGGAUUCACCAAGGUUUGAGGUCAGACGAUUAUCCAAAUCUUCUACUGCCCCCGAAUGCACUCCCCCUUAUCCAGGUGAAAGUCUCGUCCUCGAGAUUGCGGCCUUCUAGAAAUAGCUACUUCGCCUCGCGACCACUAGACGAUGAACCAGUUUUCACAUUGAGUGUUUUCUCCCGCUCGGAGAAUUCAGAACUCUGGCGGGUUGAAAAAGUCAUUGCAGCGCUACCUCAACUCGAUAACCAAAUAAGACACUUGUCUCAUCUUCAAGCGAAACUACCCGACCGGUCUAUAUUCAGUGGGCAAUCUCCUGCGAAAGUAGAUGCGAGACGCGCUGCUUUAAAUUCGUAUUUUGAAGACCUCCUCGACAACCCUAUGGAUGAAAGAGCAGCAUUGAUCCUUUGUCAAUUCCUUACUUCUGAUGCGAUCGAACCCCGAGAUGACGAAACGAGCUUGCUUAAAGGUAGCAUCCAGCCGGGGUCCGAUAUCGCACGCGGUCCAGAUGGAAAGCCUAGGAAGGAGGGUUAUUUGACAAAAAGAGGCAAAAACUUUGGCGGCUGGAAGGCGCGCUACUUCGUCUUGCAUGGUCCCGAGCUCAAGUAUUUCGAAGCCCCAGGAGGCGCCCAUCUUGGAACCAUCAAAAUCUCCAAUGCGCAGAUCGGGAAACAGUCACAGACGGCGCAGGGCACAUCAUCGCGACUCGACGAGGACGAUUUUGACAAUCAGUAUCGUCAUGCCUUCCUUAUAUUGGAGCCGAAAAAGAAGGACUCUUCCGCUCUUGUGCGCCACGUUUUGUGCGCUGAAAGCGAUGACGAGAGAGAUACAUGGGUUGAAGCGCUCCUAGAAUAUGUCGAAGGCGCUUCGGUAGAUGAGAAAACUAUGGCUGCUCAGGUAGCAAGCAAUAUCACAGGAAACACUUCUUCGAGAAACAAGCUAUUCUCCAACAGUGGCAGAAAAGGCAGCAGAGAGACUGAUAGUCCUGACCUGGAGACCUUUGACACCGUUCAGGGCUUCAGUUUCGAAGACGCUAUCCCUGCUGAACCACCUGUUAUCGGUACUUCUGAUUCGCGGACACCAAGGUCGCCAUUGUUCCCGACGACGGGUGCAUUCCAGGAUCCAAGCGAUAUGAACCAGUCCGAUCAUGGUCAGAUCUCGUCAAAAAUAAUAUCUGCACCUACGAAUGGUGCCGUGAUUCAAGACGCCGGGGCAUGGGGAAACAAGACCACAACAAGCACCAAAGAGAAGAAGCGUAGCAUCUGGGGAUUUCGUACAAGGUCAUCGAUUGAUCUUGCUUCCCAUUUUCAAGCUGUUUCCGAGGUUCCUGCCAUCCAACUUCACGGUGCUAGCGGUGAAAAAAGGGAGUUGAUCAAACCAGUUUUUGGGAUGCCUUUGGUAGAAGCGGUGCGAGAUUGCGCGCCGUUUGACAUCGAUGUCGAUUUACCUGCCGUGGUUUAUCGCUGCCUAGAAUAUCUCAGGGCUAAAAAGGCGGAGUUCGAGGAAGGCAUAUUCCGAUUGAGCGGAUCGAACGUCGUUGUAAAGGCUUUGAGAGAGCGUUUCAAUACUGAAGGAGACGUGGACUUCCUUGCCGGAGAUGAGUAUUAUGACGUGCAUGCUGUAGCCUCACUGUUCAAACAGUACCUCCGGGAGUUACCAUCUACUGUUCUCACGCGCGAAUUGCAUAUCGAAUUCUUGCGUGUCCUUGAUAUCAACGAUAAGCCGAAUAAAGUCACGGCGUUCAAUUCAUUGGUUAAUAGACUUCCAAAGCCAAACUUGGCCUUACUGCGAGCAUUGGUUCAAUUUCUGAUUGUCAUUGUUAACAACUCUGAUGUUAACAAAAUGACUGUCAGGAAUGUGGGCAUAGUCUUUGCUCCUACUCUCAAUAUACCGGCCCCCGUUUUUUCAAUGUUUCUCACUGACUACGAUGAAAUUUUUGACGAUAUACCAGAAUACAAUGCAAACCCAAUGGACUUGGCCGUUGAUCACUCCUUGACGCCGGAGGACAUUAGAUCUCCCCGUCGCCAAAUGUUCUCUGAUAUUCCCACGCCAGCCCAUAAUCAGAUGACCUUUCCUAGGUCCGGGGACAAUCCCAACAACCACAAUCCGCAUCAUGAUACUGGCUUCAUCUCCAUGCAACCAAGCUAUGAAGCUUUCGCUCCUGACAGAACGGAGCUCUACAACCAACCGCCAGCCGCUGUGAGCAGGACGCUGGCUCCAGAAUCUGACAACAAUCGCAGUGCCAAGGCCAAGCGAAGGGAAAGCAACAUUCUUUUUAUGGACAUCAAUAGCGAUGGUUCGCCUCCGGCGUCCAAUGACACGUUCGACAAGCACACCGGUCGCCCUUGCUCUUUAGCUGAAAUUGUCACCGAAACUGCUCUGCCUCGAAACUUUUUUAUUUCUAUUCCAACUUACCGCUUACACCAUGAUACUGCUUGCAUGGUCGAGCGGAACGAUUCGAACGAAUAUGCAACGACGUUUAUAAUGCCUGAACUGCCUACCGAGUACGAUCGAGCUAGCUCCUGA